AUGAUGAAAUCUACACUCUUCGCUCUCGUGGCAUCUGCUACGCAGCUAGUGGCGGCCACCAAGCCUAACAUUCUUUUCAUCCUCACUGAUGACCAAGACUGGCACAUGCAAUCGCUUCAGCACAUGCCUUUGCUGCAAAAGUAUCUGCUUCACGAAGGCACUCUCUACUCUAACCACUACUGCACUGUCGCCCUGUGCUGCCCUUCCCGUGUCAAUCUGUGGACAGGCCGCGCAGCCCACAAUACCAAUGUCACGGAUGUUUGGGCGCCUUACGGUGGCUAUCCCAAGAUUGUCCGGGAAGGCAUCAAUGAUAACUAUCUGCCACAUUGGCUUCAAGAUGUCGGCUACAACACGUACUACAGCGGAAAGCUCUGGAAUCACCAUACUGUUGACAAUUAUAACGCGCCUUAUGCCGGCGGCUUCAACGGGUCAGACUUCCUGCUCGAUCCUCACACCUACCAGUACCGCAAUGCAACCAUGACGCGGAACGGCGGCCCUCCCGUAAACUACGCGGGCGAGUACUCACCAGACAUUACUGCCGAGAAGGCCUACGGAUUCCUCCACGAGGCCCUUUCGCAUGAAGAACCAUUCUUCCUCGUUCACGCCCCCAUUGCCCCCCACUCCAAUGUCCACUUCUUCCCUGAAUUCCUCGCCGACAAGCCCAUGUAUGCAGACCGCCACGCCCACCUGUUCAAGGAUUACUACAUCCCCCGAACGGAAAACUUCAACCCGGAAGUUCAGGGAGGCGUGAGCUGGGUCAAGGGCCUUCCCCGGCUGAACGACACCGUCAUUGAGUACAACGAUGAGUUCCAGCGUGCCAGACUGCGAUCCCUCCAGUCUGUGGACGAGAUGGUGGAGAAGAUAGUCAAGAUCCUCGAUGCAGCCGGUCAGCUGGACAACACUUACAUAUUCUAUACGACGGACAACGGGUAUCACAUCAGUCAGCACAGGAUGCAUCCAGGGAAGGAGUGCGGCUUUGACACUGAUGUGCACAUCCCUUUGAUUGUUCGUGGACCCAAUGUCCCUGCUGGCCAUAUAUCCGACGCCGUGACUGCACACACCGAUCUCGCUUCGACCAUCAUGCAGCUCGCAGGCGGGUCCGUCCCCGACACUGACGGACUACCCAUUCCUUUGACAAAAGAGUCCGGGAGCGAGUUGCGGCACGAGCACGUCACCAUCGAGUACUGGGGCCUAGCCAUCCCCGAAGGCGUUUUCGGGUGGUAUGCCAACAACAGCAUGAGUGAUCCCGGAUUUUACGUGCCGGGAAACGCGGCCGGUAACAACACCUACAAGGCUAUCCGUAUCAUAGGCGAGAGCUAUAACCUCUAUUACUCCGUCUGGUGUACCGGAGAGAAAGAAUUCUAUGACCUCAAGGAGGACUCUGGGGAGACUAGGAAUCUGCUCGCCGAGGAGCAUUCAUCGGCAUACUACACUCUUGCUGGCCGCUCUUUCGAACAAAUCGUACCCCGUCUUGAUGCGUUGAUGAUGGUCCUCAAGAGCUGCAAGGGCCGAUCGUGCAUCGAGCCAUGGAGGGAGCUGCAUCCCGCAGGAGACGUGAGCAGUCUUCUGGACAGUGUGGAGUCCAGGUUCGACACCUUUUAUGACCAGCAGCCCAAGGUCAAGUUUGCAAAGUGUGAGGUGGCGUAUUUUAGGGAGAACGAGGGGCCCUUUGACGUGAACAAGUUUGGAGCUGGGGAUGAAACAGCUGAGGGGGUUUGGAAGUGGUGGCAGGAUGCGGAGUUGAAGCGCAGUGUAGAGAAUGGUGCGAACAGGGGUAAGUGGAGUGAUUGGACUUAG